CUCAACCUGGGCCUGUUCCUGUGUUUUGAAAGGGCACCAUGGCGGAGAGCACAGACAUGGAAUCCUUGCAGGAAAGCUUCCGGAAAUUCGCCAUCUAUGGAGACACCAAAGCGACGGGGCAGGAAAUGAAUGGCAAGAACUGGGCCAAGCUGUGUAAAGAUUGUAAGGUGAUUGAUGGAAAAGGCGUCACCGGCACGGAGGUGGACAUUGUCUUCACCAAGGUGAAAGCAAAAUCCUCCCGGGUCAUCGGUUACGAGGAGUUCAAGCGGGCCUUGGAAGAACUGGCGCCAAAGCGGUUUAAGGAUAAAAGUGGCGAGGAGGCUUUCAACUCCAUCUGCCAACUGGUGGCAGGCAAAGAGCCAACCAACGUGGGCAUCACUAAAGCCAAGAGUGUAGGGGCUGUGGAGCGGCUGACGGAUACCUCCAAGUACACUGGAUCCCACAAGGAACGCUUUGAUGAGACCGGGAAGGGCAAAGGAAAGAGCGGGCGGGAGAACAUCGUAGACAACAGCGGCUAUGUAUCGUCCUACAAGAACGCCGGCACCUACGACGCUAAAGUGAAGAAAUAAAGCGCCGCUGUCGCAGCCUGCGCCAAAGAAGGGGGCGCCCCAGUGACAUGCCCCUUGUAUUGGGGGUGGGGUGGUGUUUUUUUUUAGCUGGGCCUGCUCCCGGGUUCUGAAUUGCAAAACGGAAGGGCUGCUGCUGUUCUCCAUCUUGGCCUGGCCUUUUGCUUCCCAUACCCCCCCAGAGUUGCAUCUGUAACACCCCUUUGUUUCAGAUUUCUAUCCCGGGCUUCUCCUCACCCUCAACGGCUUCUCAGGCUUCCCACCCACUCGCUCAGGGGAAUCUUCAAGACUAAGUAUGGCUCUUGCUUAGGUUAGAACUUCUGCUUCUCACGUAGCAACUGUAAAAGGCGCCAGGGGUAUGUGAGGUAAACCGAGCGGCUGCCUUCUUCCCCACAACUCACUGACCUCUGAGAAGGCCUUGAACACCUUGUCCGUGUGCACCAGUGCUAAAAUCCUCUCACCUAGCCUGUAACCUGCCCUGACCAUUUGGGUUGGACUGCAGCUCCCAUUGUUCGUAGCCAGUUGUGCAGUGGUGGGAUUCAAAUUUUUUUUUACUACCGGUUCUGUGGGUGUGGCUUUGUGGGCAUGGUGUGGCUUUC